GAAGCAACUGUAGCAAAUGGACGAAGAAAGAGCCUUCGGGAGCUUCGAGGAAUGAAAAAUAGACCAUACCAACUUUACGUUUAUCGUUGUCGAAAAUGGCAAGAGACUGCUUCCACUAAGAUAGUUCCUGGUGAUAUUAUUUCAGUGACUCGAUCAUCGGAACCUGAUCUUGUAGUUCCUUGUGAUGCACUAGUGUUGAAUGGUAGUAUAGUUGCAGAUGAGUCUUUGCUAACUGGUGAGUCUAUUCCUGUUGUGAAGGAUGCGUUAAGUUUAGUUUCUGAAACCAAUCCUCGACGUCCAUUGAGUAUGCGUGGAGAAGAUAAAAAUUCUGUUAUUUUUGGUGGAACGAGAACGCUACAAGUCGUUGUAUCGGAAUCCUUUUCUUUAAAGGCACCAGACAAUGGAGCCAUCUGUUAUGUCUUAAGAACUGGUUUUGGUUCUGUUCAAGGAAAAUUAAUGCGAACUAUUUUAUUGUCUACUGAAAAGGUAUCGGCAAAUGCCAAAGAAGCCGCAUUUUUGAUUCUGUUCUUGUUAUUCUUUGCUUUGGUUUCAUCAGCAUAUGUAUUGAAAAAGGGAUUGGAAAGUCAAGAACGUAACCGUUUUGAGCUUUUAUUGCAUUGUAUAUUGAUUAUUACUUCGGUGGUUCCGCCAGAGUUGCCUAUGCAAUUGGCAUUGGCCGUCAAUUCUAGUUUAGUUGCUUUGACCAAAGAAGGUAUCUUUUGUACAGAGCCAUAUAGGAUUCCUUUUGCAGGAAUGCUUGAUAUUUGCUGUUUUGAUAAGACUGGAACUAUUACACAGGACAACUUGAGAUUGAAUGGCUUUUGUUUGCCUUUUCAUAAAGAGAAUGGAGAAGAGGUGACUCCUAGUCAAGAAAUGGAGGAUAUUCGUUGUUCUCUCAAUCCCAUUUAUAUGGCACCUGUUGAUACACUUGUCGUGAUUGGAGGUUGUCACUCUGUCACCUGGAUGGAUGGGGAAUGGAUUGGAGACCCUCUGGAGACAUGUGCUUUGAAGUCAUUGGACUGUUCGUUGAGUAAAUCGAAUGUUUGCACUCUCAAGUAUGGACAAGACUCUUCAAAGAAGUUAUCCAUUCGAAUUGUGCAUCGUCAUCGCUUUUCCUCAGCCUUGCAGAGAAUGAGUGUCAUUGCUCAAGUGGACUUACCUUUUUCAAAGCAUUCCGAAUUGCGAAUACUUACUAAAGGAUCUCCUGAAGUUAUAGGUCAAUUAUUAAAAGAACCUGUUGAUUCCAUGUCGUGUAGUACGGCAGCUGCAAUGGAACGAACUAAAGUUGAGAGUAACUUGAAAUUUGCAGGAUUUGUUGCAUUUGAAGCUCCUUUGAGAAAGGAUUCUAGGAAAGCUUGUCGUGCUUUGAGAGAUUCUUCACAUAAGGUUUCUAUGAUAACUGGGGACUCUGUCUUGACGGCAGUUCAUGUUGGUCGUCAAGUAGAAAUGAUUGACAGACCUUGUUUGAUAGCGCAAGUUGCUCAACAUUCACCGACAGAAUUGGAAUGGAUUUCUGCAACCUCAGGAAAGCAUAAACGUCACUAUCGACCAGAUCAGUUGAAAGCACUUGCAGAAAAAUAUGAUCUUUGUAUUUCUGGAGAGGCUUUUGAGUUGGCUGCCAAUUUGGAAAUUGAAUUUUAUCAACAUCUUUCCUGUUUCCGUAUUUUUGCUAGAAUGAAUCCCAAUCAAAAGGAAAGAAUACUUACAGCGUUGAAAGAUAGUGGUCAUAUCACCCUCAUGUGUGGUGAUGGAACCAACGAUGUCGGUGCUUUGAAACAUGCACAUGUUGGAGUUGCUUUAUUAUCGUUUCCUGGAAACAGUAAACCAGCUAUUGGUAAAGAAACGAACAAUAUGCCUACUCAGGCUUCUGCUUCUUUGGAUAGUAAUAAACGAAGUAGGUCAAGAACAGAGGUUUCUAUGUUAUCUAGGAAGGAGAAGAAUGUAUCCAACAGCAGCCAGAAAGGUUCUGGAGGGAUAUCUGAUUUGGGAAGUAAUCAAUCGGAUUGGUUGAAGAAGUUAGAAUCAAUGCAACAAGAGAGUGGAGAAGAUGAAGUUCCUCUAGUGAAGUUAGGAGAUGCAUCCAUUGCUUCACCUUUUACUUCUAAGAACAUGACCAUUGAUUCUUGUCUUUCCAUUGUCAGACAAGGCCGCUGUACUUUAGCAACAACUAUGCAGAUGUAUCAAAUUAUGGCUUUGAAUUGUCUAGUCUCUGCUUACAGUCUUUCUGUGUUGCUCUUACAAGGCGUGAAGUUUGGAGACAAACAAAUGUCAACUACAGGUUUUCUAUUUGCUAUAGUAUUCUUUUUGAUUUCGAGGUCGAAGCCUCUAAAGAAGUUAUCUAAAGAAAGACCUCCCAGUUCGAUAUUUUCAGCCUAUAUGUUUACUUCGAUGAUGGGACAGUUUAUGAUACAUACAGCAGCAUUGGUAUUGGCUACUUAUUUUGGAAAGAAGCAACUUCCCGUGGACUUUGUUGUCAACGUUGAUGAUACAUUUAGUCCCAAUAUAGUGAAUACGAUGGUAUUUUUAGUUUCUACUGCUCAACAAGUUGCCAUAUUUGCCAUCAACUAUCGUGGCUAUCCAUUCAUGGAAGGACUUUUUCAAAGACGUAGCUUGUGGAUAUCCUUAGCCGGU